AUGUUAACCUACGGCAAACGACGCAACGGCAGACCCUUCUUGUCCGUCUUUCGCGAUGAGGAUGAGACCACCAAUCCCCACAGGAGAGCACCAACCAGCUCUGCCCCAAACACAGACACGGUCCCGCGACUCUUUGACGCGUCCGACGGCCCGACAGGAACCUUACCUACCGUUGAGGGGCACUCGCAUCGUGAAGCCACCAUCGGCAACAGGCGACACACCGCCGGCAGCUCAACAAGCCUGAGGAGCAGCCCAACUGCAACCUCCUUCACACACGCACCUUUCACCCGUGUGCCCUCAUACGUACGCAACAAACCUCUGCCUCCAGUUCCGCCUGCAUGGGACCUACCUGUUGGUGAUCAUCCGCGGGCCUCCGCUCCACUCGUCGAUAAAUCUACUAACCUGAAGCUCUCAUCCUUCACAUUACCCAGCAAGAGUUCGCUCACCUCCGAGAACAAGGCCGGUCCAAUCAUGUUACCUUUAGAUCCACCAGACGCUCACCUCACAGCUCUACCGCGGUUGCCUUCGGGCCUCAAGAUCUUGGCAAGAACGCUCAGCAAAGCUUCCUAUCCUGAACAGCCGGCCGAGGAUGAGGUCAAGCCAACGCGCAGCCGAGGGCUCUUUCGCGGCUUCAACCACACGAAAGCACCCAAGCCCGAGAAUCUCGUGCCCCUGGCUGACAGCCGCGAAACCAAGCAUGUCUUCGGUCGAGUCAAGGAUGCAAUCUCAGAACACCUGCCCUCACGUACUUCAAGCAGUCGCCGUAGGAGCAGACGGCACACCAUGUUGGACGAAGAUGAGCUCAGUCUGACACGGGGCGAGGAGGAUGAAGAUCUGACGAUCCGCGUGCAGCGCCGCCGUGCAGUGGAGCAGGCUCUUCAAGAGAGCCCCAAGCUCCAGCAGCUCUUCGACUCGCCAUCCAAGGCGCAGUCAACAUUCUCAGCGAGGGGCAAUCCCACUAGGAACAAAGCUCCCAAGGACAAGGCUCGCGCUCAUUCAUACUCCAUGAGCGACCUUACACAAAUCCACAAGGCGCUCAACGAGUCUUGUGAGUCACUGGACGAGUACUAUGAGGGAGAUUGGGGUGAUCCAUUCAUCGAGUCGCAUCAUACCGCAACACCUCAGUUCCCACCACGUCUUGACUCUCAGCUGUUUGCUGGCUUCGAUCCGAGUUUCAAUCUUCCAUAUGACUUGCACAAUGUCUCCUUGCAUAACCGCAGGGUUUCCGCAGAGCCUGCAUCAAGACAUCAAGACAACGAAGACAAUGACAGCCUCAUGGACGAAGACGUAGAGGACGAAGACGAUGUCACUUUCAAGCUCCGCACCGCUCCGUUGCUUACCGCAGCCGUGAAGAAGAUGGAGAUUCCGAAGACAGUGCCAAUCCUGUUGAGGGUCGGCGGACCUGCGACGCGGCCGAUUGAUCCCUUGCGAAGCCACCCAGAUGUUAUGAGCUUCGUCGAGAUGCCGGAACGCCUGCGCAGUCAGGACUAUGCGCAGGCUGACAACACAGCAGACAGGGAGCCUAGCUCUGAUGAGUCCAGAAGACCUUCCAUCACCAUCACCCCGUUAGAGGACGCACCCCAGCCGCGUAGGAAAGGGCGGCUAUCAAGAAUCGAGGAGGCCAGGGGCGAAGAGUCUCCUCCAGACGCCCAAUCCACUCCGCGAGGUGCGUACCGGGGGAAGCACAAGCGUGAAGGGCUCAUCCUUUUCCAAUCACCGCUAAAGAGAGCGAGCACCCAGUCUGACAAGUCGCUGUCCACAGAUAAUCGCUGGGAAUUCCAUCCAGAGCGAGCGCUCUUGUACGAUGGCGAACCCUAUAGCUAUCAAGAAGGGGACACAAUGCGGAGCGCCGGGAGCCCGCGCCGUCACUCCUGGAUUCCCGAGUCAAACAGCAACAGAGGGUCAAAAGAUUCGAAGGCAUCGUCGGGGCCGGCAUCUUCCAGCCAAGGAUCAUCCAAGCGGCAUUCUUGGGCAGGUUCCGACGGUUUCAAACGCAACUCCGCCGACGCCGGCUUGCUUAUCGAGGGAGAUGUGGAGCCCAAGAAGAAGAAACGACACUCUCCAGAGUCCAUCAACGACCUCAUCACCGACUACGCGACUGGCCCAACGGGCUCCUGGUACUCCGUAACCGACGACGUCGACUCCUCCGCCGAAGUCACCAUGAUCUUCGAUCCCCUUCCCAACGACACACACUCAGACACCGCCAUGCCCUUGGCCGAAGCAGAGCAACCCUCCUCCCGCGCGCACCACCACCGUUGUCUCUCACUCCCUCCUCACGCCGAACCGAUCACCACAGGCCAGCCAGGCCAGACCCUCUUCCGCGACCGCAGCAACGCAUCCUUCGCAAGCGCGCUCAUCGGCCCGGAUCAUGCCGAAGGUAGUACGCCCACCAAGACUAUCCGCCACCGCCGCUCCCCUGCUCGCCAGAUCCGCGGUCACAGAGAGCGGCGCGACACCCUCAAGCAGCGUCACCGCGCGGGGAGCGAGAGCCUGGAUGAGCUGGCGCGGGAUGACUAUAUGCAUCAGAUAGGGCUGGUGAAGAAGAAGUGGAAGAUGCCGUCGUUGGGCCGUGGAGGCGUCUGA